GAAAAAACAACUAAAGAACUUCUCCACUCACUAAAAAUUAUCCUCUCUCUCCUUGGUCUCUUCUCUCUCCUCCUCUUUCCUCUUUUUCUCUCUCUAAUCCCCAAAACAAAACCCUAAAAACCUUGAUCUCGCCGGACCCAUUCCUUUCCUCCUUCGUCGUGAUCCCUUCAUUCUUUCCCUCCGCCCCAAGGAAACGAGAAACACAAGGAAGGAAAUAAAGCGACGGAAAUUCAACAAUAUAGAGAGAUUUGAGAGGUAGAAAUGUACAAGAACCAGCUGCAGGAGCUGGCCCAGAGGAGCUGCUUCAACCUUCCCUCUUAUACCUGCAUAAGGGAAGGCCCUGAUCACGCCCCCAGAUUUAAGGCUACAGUUAACUUCAACGGCGAGAUCUUCGAGAGCCCUCACUAUUGUUCUACCCUCCGCCAGGCUGAGCACUCAGCCGCUGAAGUUGCCCUUAACUCCCUCUCGAACCGCGGCCCCUCUCACUCCCUCGCCGCCCGCAUUCUCGAUGAAACUGGUGUAUACAAGAACCUUCUACAAGAAAUUGCACAAAGAGUUGGUGCUCCAUUGCCACAGUACACAACAUUUAGGUCAGGCCUGGGCCACCAACCUGUUUUUACAGGGACAGUGCAGUUGGCUGGAAUUACAUUCACAGGAGAACCUGCCAAGAAUAAGAAACAGGCUGAGAAGAAUGCAGCAAUGGCAGCUUGGUCAUCGCUAAAGCAAUUGGCAAAAGAAGAUGCAAGUUCUUCAUCUGAGCCAGACAACAAUGAUGAACUAGAACAAAUCACAAUAGCACGUGCCCUGUUGAAUUACCGUCUGAAGGAAAAGAUAGCAAUGAUAAGCUCCGCCAACUCCCCAAUACCAUUUUCAAAAAAGUUUCAAAUUCAGAGCCCUAGGCCAACAAGUCCACAGCCUGCCCCAGCUACCUCAUCUAAAAUCCUCCCCUUAAUCUGCCCAAGGACAGCUUCUCGAAAUAGGCCUACUUCAACCACAGCAGUUGACAGACCUGUGCCAGCCAGACCCACAUCAACUACAACAAAUGACAGAAGUGUACCUCCACGACAAUCACCUCUUCCAGAACUCUGGGCAACUUAUCCUCAGAAAUUCCCUGCAGCAGGAGCAGCUCCUUAUGUCCCUAUCCGACAAUUUGGGGCACAUUGCCACGGCAUGGCUCAACCAGUGAAAAUAAGAAGUGUAGUGCCCGUUUUUGCAGCACCUCAACGUCAACCACCAUCACUUCCCCAUCAGGUGAUGCAAGGGCUACCUCAACAACCUCCACCUGUUACCAUUAGGCCAACUUCACUAGCAUAUGCUACUCCACCACCCGUUCGAAAAGAAGAUCCUAUGAAUGUUAGAAAAGAUCAUCUGGCUGCUCAGAAAGAAGAUUCUGUGGGCAUUCAAAACGAUCAUUUACCUGUUCAGAAAGAAGAACCUCAGGCUGUUCAAAAAGAUCAUUCGCUUGUUCAGAAAGAAGAAUCUCAGGCUAAUCAAAAAGAUCAUUCAUCUGUUCAGAAAGCAGAAUCUCAAGCUGUACAAAAGGAAGAUCCUUUAAACAUUAUGAAAGAUCAUCCAACUGCUACUGCUGCUGCCUUCUUGCCAAAUAAAUCACCAGGUCAAGUGGAGGAAACUGGGAGCCCAAAGCUGAAAGAAUUUGAGACAGUUCAACAGAUGGAACAACUCAAAAUCUGAUUGUUGCAGGGGAAGAGUUGGAUCCAUGGGAGACAAUCUAAUGGUUUUUAUGCUCAUCUCACUUUUGUUGUAGCAUCUUCUCUCAUCUUAUUGUAUGAGUGUUUCUAUUUUAACUUUUUUUUUCCUCCUGGCAUUUUACUUUUAACCAUUUUGUUCUCUUAGGCAGCAGGUUAAAUUAGUAUGGGCAGUGCCAUAUAUUUGGAAUUCAAGAGUUUUCUUAUGUUAGCAGUUGCAUGGCCAUAUGGUAGUAUAGAAUUAGAAUGAUGUUGGAGUUCAGUUCAGUGCCUUGUAAUGAUUUUUUUUUUAGGAAAUUAUCCUGAAAUUUUUUUUUUAA